AUGCAGCUCUCUACUGGUGUCUACUUCAUCUCCACCAUCGCCACCAAUCCCUGGGGUGAGCGCUGGGUCCAGCGCAACGAGGUCGAGGACAAGACCCUGCUCCCCAAGCCCGUCGCCAUUCAGGUCGAGGAGGCUGGCGCCGCCGAGUGGUUCGUCGAGCAGAUCGACGACAACAACUUCAAGCUCUCGGCCGGCUCCAUCUGCGCUGACCCUGCUGGAACCAUCAACAAUGAUGGCAAGCUCUACGCAGAUCUUACCGGCGCUGCUGCCCAGAACUGGACUGUGACCGAGUGCCAGACCUGCGAGGAGGGUGUCUUCAUCAUCACCGAUUCGAAUGACCAUGGAGUGACCUGGCAGACGCCCGCGAUUGUCGGCGGUGAUUCUCAGAUUCUGCUCGAUACCCUGAUCAUCCCGCUCAUCUAUCCUCCCAAGUACCCGCCGGCCGCGCAGUUCAAGUUUGCUGCUGUCGGCGAUGUCGACUAA